UUUAAUUAUAUUAUUAACCUACCCCUUUUUAUUAAACCCUUUAUAAAGGUAAAAUAUAAUAGUAUUUUUAUAGUAGUUUACUGCUUUUUAAAAGAAAUACACUUCCUGCUGUAUAAUAAAUUAUAUAUAGUAGAAGACUUUGCUUAUACUUAUAUAAGAAUAAUUGCUGUAAAUUAUAGACUACUGAAAGAAAUAAUAUUAGAUAGAGGAUAA